UUGGCAUUGUGAGGACUGAGGAGGAAUAAUAUUUGUUCACCUCCCUUUUUUCUUGUCCUGUAUUCCACACCCACCGAAACGCCGUCGUCCGAGGGACCCUGAAAAACUUCGUUACACGCACAAAAGAUACGCUCACAAGCACCCAGUGUGUGCGAGUUCAUCUGUAAUGGCGGAGAAACCCCAACCCGUGCAAGUUCUCUACUGCGGCGUCUGCGGCUUGCCUGCUGAAUACUGCGAAUUCGGUCCCGAUUUCGAGAAAUGCAAACCCUGGUUGAUCCAGAACGCUCCCGAUCUUUACCCGGAUCUUCUCAAAGGGGCUGGUGCGGGGGAUGCUGAUAAGGUAUCUGAUCAACUUCAGUCCACUUCUAUCUCCUCCGAUGCAGGUUCAUCGAAGCCCAAGGAAGAAGUCAAACGUCUCCCAGGUGGGAAGAUUAAGAAAAAGGAGAAGCAGGAAGUUAUCAUCGAAAAGGUGACUCGUAACAAGCGGAAAUGUAUAACCACUGUGAAAGGACUAGACCUUUUCGGGAUUAAACUAAAUGAUGCAUCAAAGAAGCUUGGUAAAAAGUUUGCUACUGGAGCUUCUGUUGUUAAGGGACCCACCGAGAAGGAGCAAAUUGAUGUCCAAGGAGACAUUGCCUAUGACAUAGUGGAGUUCAUCACGGACACAUGGCCAGAUGUCCCAGAGAGUGCAAUUUUCUUUAUCGAGGAUGGGAAGAAGGUCUCAGCUUCUUAAAUGUGGAAUAACUUUCUCUUGGUGGCAAUGAAAAUCACCAAAGGAGAGAGGCUCAAAUUACGACAGCUUUAGUCAAAAGUUUUGAGCGAUGUAGAAUGUGCAUGCUAUAAACAUUUCAUGCUCAAUGUAUAUGAGCAAAAUAUAUGAUGUGGUCUUGUAGUCCAAGAUCGUCUUGAGGUGUUUACUGAUAUGUAUAGUGGCCUCGUUGAUGUUUCGAUUCUGCAAGUAGACAAGAUAUAGGUAAAAAGAUUCGAGCCUAGAUGGGUUUUAAUUCAUAUUCUAGACUAGGCUGCUUACCUGAAUUUCAUGCUUAUAUUUGUGUUCUGCAUUUGUAUGGAUAAAAAGCAAAUUUACCUCUUUUUGAGCAGAAACUGAAGGCAUGUGUCUACGGACUUGCCCAUGGAUUAAACUGCCCUUGAGCUUCUGUCAUGAGAAUUGACUUGGGUUAUGGAACAUUUUUGGUCGCUUGUGC